AUGGCUGCUGAUGAAGAGUAUGAGAGAGAGCAGUGGACAAUGUUUGGGAAUGAGGCGGAGAGGGUGGAAAUAGAUGUGAUCAGGAACCAGCAGUUGUUACGCACUCGUGUUAACAAAAUAGCUCUUCGCAAACAGGCAGAAAUGAAGGCAUCUGCCCACAUGAGGUACCUGGAGCAACUGAGUCAGAAGGCCCCAGACUUUCCAAUCCCUCUGAGGGCUCACACUGUCUGGGAAGGCAUGACUGUGAAACUCUCCUGCACUGUCCAGGGCUGUCCAACCCCAAAGGUGACAUGGUACAAGGAUGGUGAGCCGCUGAUAAUAUCUGACCGACCGUGGAAUUACAAUCUUCAACAAAAAUUUGGUCUCAACACACUGGAGAUCAGAAGGUGCUCUCCUGAUGAUGCUGGCGAGUACAAAGUGGUAGCCAAGAGUCUCCUGGGUGAAGCUGUGACCUUUGGAACCCUCGUGGUGAACUCAUAUCAAGGAGCCGUGGCUGGUUCAGAGCGCUCGCAGACCUCCACCUUACAGCUUCAACAGGAAGCUCGGUUUGGCACCUCCUUUCCCCCGACCUGGGUGAAAGAGGGUGACACCCUCACCCUGGAGUGUACAUUCACCUCAGCUCUGCUCCUCUUCCAGAAGGAUGUCAGCUGGUUUAGAGAUGGUGUACAGCUGCAUCAGUCCAGCAAUGUGGAGAUUAAAACAUUUGACACCAAGGCCGUCAUCACCUUAAGGGCUGCACACAAGGAGCAUGAAGGUCUUUAUACUGCAAGACUGAGAACCACGGAUGGAAUCCAAGAGCACAGCGCUUUUGUCUAUCUCACAGAUGCAUCAGCUGCAGUGGUGGGCGGUCCCGCGUCUCCACUCGCAGUGCAGGUGUCUGACGUGAACAAGGACUACGUUUUCCUGACUUGGCAGCCGCCCAGCGCUGAUGGAGCUUCACCUGUGCAGGGAUAUUAUGUGGAACGAUGUGACCUCGGCCAGGGUGAGUGGGUGCGCUGCAAUGUGGAUAUUCAAAAGAUGUGCCAUUACCCAGUGUUCGGGCUGAAGGAAGGAACUCUGUACCAGUUCAGAGUAUGUAGUGUGAACCAGGCCGGUGCAGGGCGCCCCUCCAAAGCCACGAAGCCCAUCCUCACUGCAGACCCCCUGGAACACACCAGGACUAUGGUGGUUACAGUGGGCGGAGGAAGGACCAUUACUAUCACAAAAGAUGAACUGGAAGGUCGAAUCAAAGCUCCUUUUCCUCCCACAAAUGUCCACGCCUGCGAGGUGAGCGACACCUACGUGGUGCUGAGCUGGACCGAGCCUGAACCCAGAGGCAGGGAGCCGCUCACCUUCUACGUGGAGCGGCUGUUUCAGUCCCUGACAGGAAAAAACAGCUGGGAGAUGGUGAGUCUGGACAUGGUGGUAAACUCUCCCAGGUUCCCAGUAUUUGACCUGGUGAAGGGCAAGCAGUACUACUUCAGAGUGCGUUCAGUCAACAAGUAUGGUGUCAGUGAUCCCUCUGAGCCGAGCACACCGAUCACCCUCGGAAAGCCACAAGCUGUGCCAGCUCCACCUCACUCUGUCAUGGCAAUUAGAGACACAGACACCUCUGUGCUGCUGCAGUGGCAAGAGCCCAAAGACAAAAACGGCAUCCUGGGAUAUUAUCUGUACUACAGUGAAGCUGGCAAACACAACUGGAAGACAGUUAACAAUAAGCCCUUUGCUAAAAACAGGUUUACAGUCCAUGGCCUCAAGACUUGGAAGGACUACGUGUUUAGAGUAAAGUGUGUGAGCCGAGCAGGAAACAGCAGCUAUUCAGACGAGUCUCAACCCAUCAUGGUCAAAUCAGCCAUUUAUGUUCCUUCUGCUCCCUCUGCCAUCGUCCUUCUGCUAUGCACUGGGUCAGAGAUGGUUUUGGGCUGGAGGGCUCCGUUCUCUGACGGGGGAAGCCCUGUACGUGGCUACUAUCUGGACCAGAAGGAAAAGGGCAUGGAAAUAUGGAGAGAGGUCAACGUCAAACCUGUCAAAGAGCGCCAGUUCAAGGUUUGCAACCUGACAAGCGGACAUUUCUACCAAUUCCGUGUGUUUGCUGCCAACGUGGUCGGCAUCGGGAAACCGUCUGAACCCAGUGAAGCUUUCCAAUGUGAGAAGUGGACGAUGCCAGAGCCAGGCUGCCCCUACGACCUGGAGAUCAGGGAGGUGAGAAACGGCUCCCUGGUGCUCUUAUGGGCUGCUCCACUGUAUGAAGGACGAAGCCCCGUCACUGGCUAUUUGCUCGAAAUCAGCCAGGGUGACCAAUCAGAGAACUGGACUGCUCUGAGUGAAAAAACAAUUUCUGACACGCAUUACAAGGUGUCGGGACUUCAGGUGGGUGAGACCUAUCGUUUCCGUGUGUCGGCUAUCAAUGAGGCUGGCGUGGGUCAUGCCUCUCUGCCCUCUGAGCCGGUGAUAGCUCAGACACAACCAGGCACCAAAAACAUUGAGAUUGGUGUGGAUGAUGAUGGCUUCAUAUUUUUGGGAUACGAAGCUGCUGAGAUGAAUGAUGAGAGCGAAUUCCUCUGGAGCAAAAAUUACACAGACCCAAUUGGUGCUGGGAGAGUGAGAGCAGAAACCAAGACGAAUAGGUCAGUCCUCACCUUCACAGACCCCUCUGAGGAGGAUCUGGGUCUCUACACGGUGAACAUGAGCGACAACCCCCAGCAGUCGUCCAGCUACGAUUUCACAGCUGAAGAUCUUGAACGGCUCAAAGAACUCAGUUGGCAAGUCAGAAAUCCGUUGAUUGCAUUGAAGUCGGCCUGGCAGGUGGAGGUUUCUGAGAAAGGCAGUGUACGGCUUUGGCUUCAAACUGAGAGUCUGAGUAAUGCAGCUGAGCUCCGUCUAAUCUUCAAUGACCGGGAAAUCUCCAGCACGCCGCACCGCAAGAUCAACUUUGACAAGGCCAAAGGUUUGGUGGAGAUACUGUUUGAUCAGCUCUCUCAGGAGGAUGAGGGCUCGUACACGGCACAGCUGAGAGACGGCCGCGCCAAGAACCAGUUCACUUUGGUCUUUGUGGAUAAAAAGUUUCGUGAGACGCUGGCCUUGGCUGAUGCAAUCCGACAUGACAACAAGAGGAAGACUGGUCCUUAUUUCCAGGAAUUCUUGUCCUGGAGUGUAAAUGAGGAUUGUGAAUUAAUUAUGAAGUGCAAGGUGACAAAUGCAAAAAAGGAAACAUCUCUCAAGUGGUUUAAGGAUGGUUUGGAGGUGACUCAGGUUGCGUAUGAUCCAUCAUCAGGGGUCAGCGUGCUUACUAUCCCACAGGUUACAAAGAAAGAGGCAGGCUCGUACAGAGCUGUGGUGUCAGACGGGAGAGGAGAAGAUGUGAGCACCUUGGACUUGCUGGAUGAAGAGUAUGACAAGCUUCUCCAGCACCUGAGUAAACAGUGCGCAUUAUCAGCCAGCUCGCUGAAGAUUCAGAGCACCGGUGAAGGCUUCAAGCUCUACUGCUCACUUAAAUACUACAUAAGCUUCCUGAAGACCAGCUGGUACUUCAAAGAGAAGAGGAUUGACGAGGAAGCCAGAACAAAGCCUGGCAGCAGCAUGCAGAAGGUUUGGAUUGAAAUCUUCAACCCAACAGAGAAUGAUAAAGGAAAAUACACAUUGGAGAUGUUUGAUGGCAAAGAGACACACAAACGGUUUCUUGAUCUGUCGGGACAAGCUUUUGAUGACGCUCUGUUGGAGCACCAGAGGUUAAAGCAGCUGGCCAUUGCAGAGAAAAAUCGGGCUAAAGUGACAAAAGGCCUUCCUGAUGUGGUAGCCAUUAUGGAGGGCAAGUCUUUGUGUCUGACGUGCUACAUUGAUGGCGAACCAGCCCCAGAGAUCUUCUGGCUUCGUAACGAUAGGGAGAUAUUCAGCCAGGAUCACUUUACAAUCACUAAGGCACCCAAGUGCAGCAGCAUCACUAUAAACAAUGUCAACAUGGAAGAUUCUGGAAAGUACAGCAUCUUUGUACGCAACAAGUACGGCUCUGAAACGGUUGACGUGACCGUGAGUGUUUACAAGCAUGGGGACAAACCUCCAGCUAAUGCAGUGGAGUUGAGUUAGGACUACAAACUGAGUCAAAAAUCGAUAUUUCUGCAGGGAGUGAGGGUUUACCAAGAUCUGGGCACAUGUUGCUUUUGAGAAUUUCCUGCAAACCAACCACAAUAUCCUCUACUCCAGGAUUUGCUUCUACAGCUUUACUUGAUGUGUCUAGUAUUUUGCUUAAUGAAACUCUUUUCGGCUGAUUAUCUUGCAUAAAAUACCACUAUAGUAGCCAGUGUUCUGCAGUAAACAAUGGUAGCAUUUUCUGUUAGCAAUUAGAUAAGAAAAAGCUGAUUUAUCUCUAUGUAAUUGACAUUACUGAGCUAGUUUGCUGGCUUUUACUUGCUCCACUAGCGCUGAAUUUGCACUGCAUUUUAUCAUUUAUCUGCUUUUGGUCAUGCUGCCAGUUUCAACAAGUCUCACUUUAAGUGCUUUUGAAAAAGCCUAAACUCUGAUCUCAGUUUCUGUUGAAGCAGAUUUGUAAUUUUUUCUGUGUGUGUGUGUAGUGAAUAAAGGAAUUUACAGCAAUUUUUCUCUGGUGGAUUACUUCUAAAAUAGAUUUUGCAAUGAAUGGUUUUUUUUCCACUCUGGAAGCAAACAGUCCGCAGUGUCAUUAACCCUUCUACAUUACCUACCUACCUACCUUAUUGAUCUCCUUAGUGUGUAUACUCCCAGUAGAACGCUGAGAUCGUCUGACCAAUUGCUCUUGGUGCAACCUAGGUCACGGCUGAAAACCAGAGGUGACCGUGCCUUUGCUUCAGUUGCACCUAUCCUCUGGAAUAACCUCCCUCAUACUAGUCGCACGUCUGACUCAAUCCAGACCUUCAAGUCUCGAUUGAAAACCCACCUUUUUAGCUUAGCCUUCCCGGCCUCCUAGAGCAGGCCUUUUAAGUGUUCUUUCUUGCCCUCCCCUUUCCUCUCUUUUGCCUAUAUUUUUUUAUUGUUUUUAUCGUUAAAUCUUGCUUGCUCAU